AUGCUUAGGAGGGAUGCAACUACAAUUAAGUUAUCACCAGAGGAUAUACUUGCUUAUGAUGAGUAUGUAGAGCAAAGAAAGCAUCAACAGGAGCAGCAAGAGCAGCAGCGUGGAUUUGGUAAGCAUUUGGAUACGACGAAUAAUCUGCAAAGUCAAUCAACAACAAAUGUUACUUUUCAAAACCAAUUUCGCAACACUGGCAAUUUCAGCUCUUCUAAUAUUUUGCAGGAGCAAAUGGGUCAUCUGUAUAGCAAUGAAGGUGGCAAUGAAAUUGUGCCCGAGUAUAAUAAUUCCACUGUACUGGAAUGUCAAACGAGAUCAAAAAAUGAAAGAAUUGGCGUUGUUCCGAGGUGA